CGACGAUUGAAAGGGAAACAGCCGCCCGAGGGGUUCGAUAUGAUCGAACACGCGAUCGAGGAUUUCGAGAAUCAGAUGAAGGACGCGGUGAACGAGGAGCACGAGGGGAAGAGGAAGAAUGAGUUGUCGUGGCGAAUUCACAGGAUUCACUGGGAGAAGAAUCGCUUCGUAUUCGAUUUGAUGUACAAGCGCAAAGCGUUGAAGCGCGAGCUGUACGAUUACUUGUGCCGCGAGAAAAUCGCUGAUCAGGCGCUGAUUUCAAAAUGGCGCAAACCAGGGUACGAGAAUUUGUGUUCGCUCUUGUCGAUUCAAAAGUCGGCGACGAAUUUCGGCACGGCGAGCAUCUGUCGCGUGCCGAUGGCGUCGAGAGCGCCGCAACAGCGCUUGACGCCGAACGUGAAGACGGGAUGCAUCUCGUGUUGUUCCGGGGAC